AUGCAUGGCGCAGAGUCCGCGACUCGUGAAGGAAUACAGGCCAGGCUGGCCGAGCUUUUUACCCGACAUCAAUCCAUAGGACUAGCAAAUUUGUCCAAUCUCUUGUUUCCGGAGGUGGUACAAGUCUUUGCGGCUCUCUUCAUUAUAAACUCAAAGACAAUGAACCUGACAAUUAUUUUAAUAUGUUUGGCAGCAUCCGCCCUCGCUGCCGUCCAAGAAGUAACCUUGACUGAUGCAAAUGGAAUUAAGAGUAUACCUCCAUAUCUUGAUUCAGAUCUUCAAAGCCGGUGGUUUGAUUUUGGUGGGAAUACAGUAAUACGUGCCGACCGAUAUAUACGUCUCACAUCUGAUCGGCCCUCACAAGAAGGAUGGAUAUUCUCGCGUGUUCCUUUGACAGCCACAAAUUGGGAAGUAGAAAUUGAAUUUAGAAUCUCAGGUGCAGGUAACCUUCACGGAGAUGGUUUCGCCAUGUGGCUCACCAAACAGCGUGCCACCCCAGGGCCAGUAUUUGGUAGCACCGAUAAAUUUGAGGGAAUUGGCAUCUUUUUUGAUACAUAUAAAAAUAACCGUCCUGGAACAAUAUUCCCUUAUGUCAUGGCCAUGAUUGGGGAUGGUGUAAAAUCCUACGACAAAUCCAACGAUGGAAAAGCUAACGAAUUCAUGGGCUGCUCGGCAAAAGGAAUCAGAGAUGCGCUUAUACCCACCAAAGCACGCCUGGUUUAUUUUCAGGAUAAAAGCUUACGAUUAGACUUGCAGUAUAAGGUCGAAGGUCAGUGGGACCUCUGUUUUGAGACAUUGGAUCCACCUGCAAUUCCCUCGGUUGCUUAUCUCGGUUUCAGUGCCGAGACUGGUGAGUUGAGUGACAACCAUGACCUAAUUGCUGUUUCUACCAAGAAUCUCUAUGAUACCAAGACCCGAGACCAAACAUCAGGAAAACAGAGUGGUGGAUUGGGGGAGAAAACCAGUAGCAUACCCCAAGAAAAGAAGGGCUGGGGAGGCUUCUUGCUCAAAAUAAUGCUGUUCUGUAUUAUCAUAGCUGGUGCCUACGUUGGAAUCACUGCUUGGCGAACUAAUCAGAGGCGGAGUCAUAGAUUCUGA